AUGGUUAUACUCAAUGGUCUUAGACAUUCGACAACACAUGUUUCUUUGUUCCAACCUUCUGUACAAGAAGUUCAAAAUGGAACUAGCAUUCUUCCUGACGAAGACAGUUGUGUGAUAGCAGAAGUGACGUCUGAUAAAGAGAAACAGAAGGAACAAGAAGCGAACCAAGAGACUGAUAUGAAAAGAUCUCGCCAGGACUCGGCAGAUUUCAAAAUACGACUCAGGAAGGAAUUGGUCAGUCGGGAUGGACACAAGGAGUUGUCCAAAAACACGAAGAUAUUCACAUUAGCUUUUAUAGAUCCGCAGAAGGAAAAAUCAUAUCACCUGCACACGGAGUCAUUUUCUAGUUUCACUCUGCUGAUGUUUUUAAUCGUUAGGUUAGCAAUAGGAGCUACAAUAGUUAUAGUAUUACCAAGUGAUUUGACAAUUAAUAUUACAUAUUGUACAGAGAAUAUAAUAUUUUUCAUAUUGGUGAUGGUAGCAAUAGCAGAAGAAUUCCCAGGAAUGUCCAAAUGUUGGCGAACUUUCAAAGAGUCAAUGCUAAUCAGAAGGAUUUUAUCAACGGCCUGUGUUGUGAUUAUGGGCUCCGUAAAUAUCUUAGAUACGGUAUCAUGUGUCCAAUUCAAAAAACACUACGAAAACUGUUCGACAACGACAGACAUAGAUGCGUCAUGUCUCUAUCCUUCCUACUUCAGCUACUUUACUGUUCUGAUUCUGAUAGCUUCCUCUCUGCCGGCUUGCCUCUCCUACUUGUGGAAGAGUUUCUUGAUGUUGCUCAUCGCUGGGAGUCAAUGUUUAGUAAACAUUGUGGUAUUGGGAUCAGCUUUGGAUUGUGAAGAGUUGAUGAAACAUUGGACAAGUUUGACACAAGGAAAGUACACACUCUCUGGAAUACUUCUGACAGCUACUCUCGCAUUGGCUUUCCUGGCUAGGCACAUGGAAAAAGUUGCAAGAGUGCUAUUUCUAUGGAGGUGUGAAGUGGAAGAGCAACGUGAUUGCGCAGAAGAUAUGAGGAGGAGAAACGAGGCCUUGGUUUAUAAUAUAUUACCGCCACAUGUAGCCACACAUUUCAUGGGUAAUAGAAAGAGACAACAUGAUGAGCUUUAUUCUCAGAGUUAUGCUGAAGUUGGAGUUUUAUUUGCUUCUAUGCCAAAUUUUUCUGAUUUUUACUCAGAAGAAACAGUGAACAAUCAAGGAUUGGAAUGUUUGAGAUUCUUGAACGAAGUUAUAUCUGAUUUCGAUGCUCUAUUAGAACUUCCAAAGUUCCAAGAUGUCAUCAAAAUCAAAACUAUAGGUUCCACAUACAUGGCUGCUAGUGGGUUAAACCCUACAAGACAAAUGAAGGAACGUUUGCUAUUGUCCGUCCUACCUGAGCAUGUAGCGGUUCAAAUGAGGCAGGAUUUGGACUCUACCGACAGUCAGUUCAAGAAGAUUUAUAUGAGCAGACAUGAAAAUGUUAGUAUUUUAUAUGCCGACAUCGUAGGAUUCACGGCGAUUUCAUCGACGUAUUCAGCUCAAGAGUUGGUGAAAAUGCUCAAUGAAUUGUUCGCCAGAUUCGAUAAAUUAGCAGAGGUGAUUACAGAAGGACGGAUAAAGAUUUUAGGAGACUGCUACUACUGCAUCAGUGGAGCACCAAAGGAAAGACCAGAUCAUGCAGUUCUGUGCGUUCAUAUGGGGUUAUCAAUGGUGAAAGCAAUCAAAUACGUUCAACAAACAGCGAACUCCCCGGUAGAUAUGAGGGUCGGAAUCCACACAGGAGCGGUUUUGGCUGGAGUUCUCGGUCAAAGGCAAUGGCAAUUCGACGUUUACUCCAAAGAUGUGGAAUUGGCAAACAAAAUGGAAAGCAGCGGAUUGCCGGG